UGCGCAGACGGAGCAGCGCCUCAGUUUCGAUUCUUUACAGGCAGAAACAACUAAUCCAAACACACCAGUGACUGACAGGCGAAUUUAACCUUCUGGGCUCUUAAAGCUUUCUGCUUUCACACUGUGUUCUCCUCAGAUGCUCAAAACACGGAGAAGAGAUGUCACGUAAAUCGAGCAUGAACGCGUCUAAGCAGACGCCCUCUCUGAAAGCUAAAGGACUCAAAGACAUCAGGAUCGAUGAGGAGGUCAAGAUCUCCGUGAACAUCGCGCUGGAGAGGUUCCAGUACAGCGACGACAAAGAGCUGGAUUUCCCUUCUUCAUUGACCAAUGCCGAGAGAGCGUUCGUUCAUCGGCUUGCUCAGUCGCUCGGCUACGUCUCGAAAAGCAGGGGGAAAGGCUCGAGUCGAUGUCUGACCGUGAGGAAGAAGGACGGCACGGAGUCGGCUCACUCCGUCAUGACCUGUGACCUCACACACAGCUCCAAACACAUGGUGCAGAGCCUCCUGCAGAGGUUCCCCAUCACCAACAAGGAGCGCAGCGAGCUCCAGCCGCGCAGCGAGAGGGCCGUGCUCGCGUCCCCCGACACUGACAGUAAAAGCAGGACGAGCGGGCGUCUCAGCCACGGGAUCCCUCAGGUCCCUCACAUGCGAGGCCCGUCUGAACUGGAUUGUUUCCGGAGAUCGUUGCCCGUGUAUGAGCGUCGGGACGAGCUGGUCCAAACCAUCAGGGAGAACCAGGUGGUGCUGGUCCUGGGGGAGACCGGCUCAGGCAAAACCACACAGAUCCCCCAGUUCCUGCUGGACGACUGCAGUGUGAAUGGGAUUCCCUGCCGGAUCUUCUGCACUCAGCCCCGGAGACUGGCGACGAUCGCGGUGGCGGAGCGUGUGGCGGCCGAGCGCGGAGAGAAGAUCGGGCAGACCGUCGGCUAUCAGAUCCGCCUGGAGAGCAGAGUCUCUCCUAAAACCCUGCUGACGUUCUGCACGAGUGGAGUUCUGCUGAGGACGCUGAUGGCCGGAGACGACGCGAUGUCGAUGGUCACGCACGUCAUUGUGGACGAGGUGCACGAGCGAGACGGACUGACGGACUUCUUGCUCACGAAGAUGAAGGACAUGCUUCAGAAGAUGCCGUCGCUAAAGCUAAUCCUGUCUAGCGCCGCGCUGGACGUCAGUCUGUUCAUCAGAUACUUCGGCGCGUGUCCCGUUAUUCACAUCAAAGGUUGUCCAUACGAGGUCAAGCAACUCUUUCUGGAGGAUAUCCUGCGAACCACCGGAUACACCAACAAAGACAUGAUCAAAUACAAGAAGGAGGCGCAGAAAGAGGAGCGGCAGCAGUCGUCUCUGACGCAGUGGUGUGAGUCCCAUCGGGCCGACCCGGACCCAGAGCCGGCCCGGGAAAGGACGCCAUCUUGUGUCCUGCCCGAGAACGACCUCCUGGACGACGGAGGAGACAGUGUGUUCAGCCAGAUGAGCGAGAAGGACGUGGCCUCGCUAGAGCCGUGGCUCCUCAGGGAAAUGGACGCCUGCAUCUCAAACAUUUUCUUGAACCAAGACGCUGACGCCUUCAUACAGAUCUUCAAUCUCAUCCUGAACGAGAACAUCAGUGUGGAUUACAGGCACAGCGAGACGAGCGCCACUGCUCUGAUGGUGGCCUCGGGUCGAGGGUUCCUCUGUCAGAUGGAGCAGCUGCUCAGCAUGGGCGCAAACGUCAACAUCAGAGCCUCCAACGGCUGGACGGCUCUCGACUGGGCGAAACGCUUCGAGCAACCCGAGGCUGUAGAUCUGCUGGAGUCUCACAUAUGGGGUGUCGAGCCGGGUCGUCUGGACGAGGCGUCUCUGGUUCAGUCCUCCACAUCUGAUCUGAGCUCUGAGGACCAGGAGCGUCUCAAAGCGUAUCAUCACAGCUUCGACGACGAGAAGGUGGAUCUGGACCUCAUCCUGCACCUGCUGUCCAGCAUCUGCCAGAGCUCCGACGAGGGCGCGGUGUUGAUUUUCCUGCCCGGCUACGAUGAGAUCGUGUCUCUGAGAGAUCGCAUCGUCUUUGAUGAUAAAAGGUUCAUGGAUCACCAGCAAAGGUUUCAGGUGUUCAUCCUUCACUCCAGCAUGCAGACGUCAGACCAGAAGAAGGUUCUGAGGAACACCCCUAAAGGGGUUCGCAAGAUCAUUCUCUCGACCAACAUCGCAGAGACCAGCAUUACGGUCAACGAUGUUGUUUUUGUCAUCGACUCCGGCAAAGUUAAAGAGAAAGCCUACGACGCUUUGAAUAACGUGACGAUGCUGAAGAUGGUGUGGAUCUCGAAGGCCAGCGCUCUGCAGAGGAAGGGCAGAGCGGGGCGCUGCAGACCGGGGAUCUGCUUCCAUCUCUUCAGCCGUCUGAGGUUCAACAACAUGCUGGAACAUCAGAUUCCACAGCUACUGCGCAUGCCUCUGCAGGAACUGUGUCUGCACACUAAGCUCCUGGCUCCCGUCUCCUGCCCGAUCGCGGAGUUCCUGUCGAGAGCACCUGAGCCGCCGCACAUGCACACGGUCAAACACGCCGUGCAGAUGCUCAAGACCAUCGAUGCCAUGGACCCCUGGGAGAACCUGACGGAGCUGGGCUUCCACCUGGCCGACCUGCCCGUGGAGCCGCACCUGGGGAAGAUGGUUCUGUGUGCGGUGGUUCUGAAGUGUCUGGACCCGAUCCUCACCAUCGCCUGUACGCUGGCCCACCGAGACCCGUUCGUUCUGCCGGCUCAGGCCGCUCAGAAGCGCGGAGCCAUGCUGUGCCGGAAACGCUUCACCGCAAACACCUUCAGCGACCACAUGGCCCUGCUCCGGGCCUUUCAGGCGUGGCAGAAAGCUCGCAGUGACGGCUGGGAAAGAGCGUUCUGUGAGAAGAACUUCCUCUCUCAGGCCACGAUGGAGAUCAUCGUCGGGAUGCGGACUCAGCUUCUGGGACAGCUCCGGGCCACAGGGUUCGUGCGAGCGAGGGGUGGCGGGGACAUCCGGGACGUGAACCAGAACUCGGAGAACUGGGCGGUGGUCAAGGCCGCGCUGGUUUCUGGGAUGUAUCCCAACCUGAUCCAUGUGGAGCGGGACAGCCUGAGCCUCACGAGCUCCAGAGAGAAGAGGGUUCGCUUCCACCCCACGUCCGUCCUGAGCCAGCCGCAGUACAAGAAGAUCCCUCCAGCCAAUGGCCAGGCAGCAGCAGUGGAGUCCCUGCCCUGUGAUUGGCUGAUUUACGACGAGAUGACGCGUGCGCACAGGAUCGCUAGCGUCAGAUGCUGCUCUGUGGUCACGCCCCUGACCGUCGCUAUAUUCGGAGGAUGUGCGAAACUCCCGAGCUCCGCCUUGCAGGAACACAGAGGAGUCGGUGACGGUGUGAAUGACAGCAGUGACAGCGAGAUGGAGGAUCGAGCCACGGCUCAUCUGGCUCACAUCAGCAUCGACGAGUGGCUCAACUUCAAACUCGACCGAGAGAUGGCGGAGCUGGUGUUCGGGCUCAGACAGCGCUGGCAGAGCUUGUUCCUGCGCCGGAUCCGCUCUCCGUCUAAGGCCUGCUCUCAGCUGGACGAGGCCACGGUCCGCACGCUGGUGUCGGUGCUGUCGGCGGAGGAGCAGGCCUCGGGUCUCCAGCAGCCCACCGGCAUCGGCCAGAGACCCCGACCUAUGAACUCUGACGAGGCCCCGCAGACGGCCUGCAGGAGCACGGAGGAGCCGCCCAGCCCCGACAGACCUCGGCUGGCGUCUCAGAUGAAGAAUCACAGAUCGCUUUACUCGAAGCCGCUGGGAGAGGAGCAGGUCCCGUUUCACAGCGCUGACGACUCUUCAUCUCCCUCUUCUGGGAAAAGCUGCUCGUCUCCGUCGCCGAGGCCGCUGCGCUCCUGUGUGCGAUACUUCAUCAUGAAGAGCAGCAACAUGAGGAACAUCGAGCUGUCCCAGCAGAGGGGCAUCUGGUCCACCACUCCCAGCAACGAGCACAAGCUGACCCGGGCCUUCCAGGAGAGCAGCGCCGUGUUCCUCGUGUUCUCCGUGCAGGGCUCCGGACACUUCCAGGGUUACGCGCGCAUGACGUCGGCCAUCAGUGGCGAGAGGUGUCUGGACUGGGGUUCGGUCGGUCUGGGCGGUGUGUUCGGGGUGGAGUGGGUCCGGAAGGAGAGUCUGCCGUUCCAGCUCACACAGCAUCUCCUGAACCCCUGGAACGACAACAAGAGGGUCCAGAUCAGCCGGGACGGACAGGAGCUGGAGCCUCAGGCUGGGAGUCAGUUGCUGCAGUUCUGGGAGCGAAUCUGAACCGAUCGAUCCGGAUCGACAUCAGAAACACAAUCACACUGCAGAAACAUCACGUUCAUCCUCCGCGUUUCUGAUCAUACUGUAAUCAACACACACUUACUGGAGGAGAACGAUCACUGAAGACGCUUCUCCUCCAGUGGAUGUGUCUCGAUGUGAGAAAGUUUAGACAGAAACGCAGAGGAUGAACACACACGUGUUUUGCAGUGCAUCAUGUUUGUUUGUUUAUGGGCGUUAAUAGACUGAAGUAUGGAGUAAAUAUCUGUGUUUUGUUCUGGCUUUAUUUCAGUGAUUCGGCCUCUUAAACCUCAGAGAUGUUUUAUGAAUCUGUGUUUUUAAAUCUUCAUGAUCAGUUCGCCGUGCUUUUCUUUUAAUUGCUGUGCAAGUGUUCUUGUCAUCCAUGAUGGCUGCACACACACUCGUGUUCGAGGACGUGUUGGACGUGUUUCUCUGUUCACUGAUCAUUCGCUCUACGACACACACAAGUUCAUUUGUAACGAUCAUUAACUCUGUAUGUUCAGUGUUUGUUUUGAGUUAUGCAAAUGUAUUAUUUGCAAUAAAAAAAUGAUUUGCAUGUU